AUGCUGUCGCCCACGGACAUCUCCGUAGUGCUUGUAGGCACAAUUGUAGCCACGGGUCUGACGCUGUCCAUGCCACUCGUCUUCAUGGCCGUGUUGCCAGGCUGCAUCACGCCCGAUCCGCGCUGCUUCGACUACGCGCGAGAGGUGACGUUCGCCGUCUCCAAAAGGGAGGACGUGGAUCCCUGCGACGACUUCUACAGCUACGUGUGCGGCAACUUCGAAGACAUGUAUCCCGCCCACUCGAGCUACUUGGCGCUGCUGGAAUCGAGGCUUUACGCGUACCAGAACCACGUGCUCGAGGGCCACUCAGUCGGGAAGAACGACGAAGUCGGCCGUCACGUGAUCAUGGCUUUCCGCCGGUGCGUCGACGAGUACAGUCCUCCAACCACAAUCGCUUACUUUGUCACUAAGGCAUCGGUGAUCCAGAAAGCCCUGGAGAUUCGCACCCGGCACUACAAACGCCACUCGCAGUCUUUGGCGAUGUAUGCAGCCGCAGCGAACUCUGACAGGCUCCGCCAAAUCAUCCGAAACGUUGCCCGCGAGGAGCUUCAAAAGAUGUUUACAACGAACAGACUCAUCCGACUACCACUCGUACAACACAUCCACCCGUGGGAGGUCGCCUGGUCCCCACAGGGCACACAGAGCGGCCAGCUCAGGAGACAAAAUCGGGACAGUCCAACCGCACUGCGCUUUCUACUGCGAAGCGCCGGCAUCCAGUGGAGCCCCGAGGUGCUCGCCUACACCCGCCAGGACAUCCUCGGCGUCCUGCUAAGGCUGUCGCUCGAGAUCGGUGUGCCCGUCCUCCUCCACGCCAUCCUCGGCCCGUCGCUGAAGCACACCGCCGACAGCAGACAGGCACUGAACCUAGACUUCCGGUUCCCACUGCUUCCGGCCGGCGCCGGUGAGCGGACGCUUUCGGUCGUGGAGGACACCCUGCGGCUGGUCGCACACAACGGGACUGUCUUCGACCGGUUUCGACACGAGGCCUUGCAAGUUCUGCUGACGCUGAGGAGGCUAUGGUCACGGCUUAAUGCAUCCUUGCACUGGCGGGGAGGGCUCCAGUACGUCAAGUUCUCGCAGGCGCACGAGCAUCUUGUGAAGUUUACUGAACCGGGCGAGCUUUUGAAGUUGACGAACGAUGCACUGCCCACCGAUAGAAAGCGAGACUACUUCGGGCCGGACGACGACGUGGUGACCUCCACGCCAACUCUGGUGACCACCUUCGCAGACUUCAUGGCUGUGACAAAACCAGUUGACCUGGUUCUCUUGGUACGGUACCUGGCUGUUGAAAGCCUUCUCCCGGUGUCAUCCAGCCAUCUUGUCGACGUGUACAGCAUCGACCGGAGGGCAGCCUUCCGUUUGCGCCUCCGUGCUUGUUUGCGUGAUGCCAUCGACAUCAUGCCGCGGGCCUGGGAAUACCUCUUCUACCAGGAACGCCUCGGUCAGAGUCCCUAUGCCACCGAUGUGGACUAG